UACGUGUGUGAAAACAUGUUGUACAUUUUCCUUUUGAUUGAUUCAGUAUGUGCAACGAAAUGAUAUAAAACGUAGAACCGAUGAUAAAUCGUCAUUUUCUUCAAACGAUAUCGAACCAUGACAGUGCCUGAUCAAUCGGAAUUUAAAUUUUCAAGAGCUUUUAAGCAAUCAAUUGUCCAGUUUUUCGAGAAUACCACUUUGCAUGGCUAUAAAUACUUAGUUGAUCCGAAGAGAGAUAACUUCCUUGAAAGAUUAGCAUGGUUUGUCGUUGUUGUGGUGGCUUUAGUCUUUGCAGUGUACAUCACCCUUCUCGGCUGGGCCGAUUUUAAUGAAAAUCCAACAUUCACAACACUUUACAGUCAAAAGUAUCCAAUUUGGGAGGUAGAUUUUCCUGGAGUCACGAUCUGCAGCAUAAAUAGAAUAAGCCGGAAAGCUGCCAUCAGAUAUGCGGAAAUGUUAGUCUCAAAGGAUCCGCAAAUCAAUAUUUCAUGGGUAUUGGACAAUAUUCGCAACCUGGGAGCUUUAACGGAUUAUACCAAUAUCAUGGAAACGGAUUUUUAUCGAUUCCAAGAUACUCUAGAUCGUCUCGAUCCGGAGGAACAUGUAGGCGUUAAUAACAUUCAGAAAACAAUGGAUAAGUUAUCACCUAAUUGCUCCGAUUUAGUUGUGAAAUGUCGAUGGGACGCGCAGGACAUCGAUUGCGAUAAAAUAGUGAUGAAGAGGAGAACAUCAGAAGGGUAUUGUUGUGCAUUUAAUUAUGUUCGAGCGAAGGACGUUAUACUGUCGGCAGAAAAUACCCAAGAACCACUUCGUUCAUAUCAAACUGGAACGGAAAACGGAUUGAUUGUCGUACUCAACUCAACCGCAUCCGAUUACUUCUACUCGUUACGUAGUAUGAUUGGCUUCGUUGUCGGAAUUCACAAUGCACGCAAUUUUCCAGACUCAACCAAUGGAAAUUAUCAUCAAUUUGUUGUGCCACAGAAUACCGAGACAUUCUUGAAACUAGAUGUGGCCACAGUCAAAACCGAUAAUGAAGUGGCACGAUAUCCACUGGAGAAGCGUGGAUGUCUGUUUCAUUUUGAACAAAACUCUAAGUUUGGUGGCCGUUACAGUUACGCAGACUGCAUACUCCGAUGUAAGAUUUACAAUUACUUACAUUUGUGCAGCUGUGUUCCGUACACGUUACCAACUAAUUUCCCGGAUUUCGAUGAAGUAAGAAAUGCAACGCAGUGCAAUCUUACGCAUCUCAAGUGUUUAUCAAGAUAUUCGUUAACAAUACUCAGACAAAGACCGAAAAAACUUAUCAAAGGCUUAGAAAAGGAACUAGGUGAUUCUAUUGAUUGUCCAGAUUGCUAUCCAUUAUGUUCACUGAGCCGGUACUUGGUGCAAGCAUCUUAUUCACAAAUAGCAACCAAAGAAAUAACUGGAGAUGCGUGGGGAAUAAUGAAAGGUGUUGUUACGAGCAAUGGCUCAAGGGAUGUAUCGAUUCUGCGAGUAUAUUAUCCCUUAGUAGCGACACUACUAUACAGAUGUGGAGUUGUGUACACUUGGCACGAGAUCAUUAGCUAUUUUGGUGGUUUACUCAGCCUAUGCAUCGGUCUUUCAACCAUCAGUGUCAUGGAAGUGAUAUACUUUGCGACCGUAAGACUUUAUCAAAAUUUCGUUGGCGAAGACAAAAAGAAUAAAAUGCCCAAAAUGCCAGCGUACAACGAUAUUGAAAUCAUGCUGGUGAAAGAAUAUGCCCAUCACAAGAAAUGAAGAGCCCCGACAUCAAAUUGUUCGAUUAUAUUUAACUUUUCGCAUUCAUUAAUUAACCGUGACAAUGUCCUUUCAAUUUCACCCUCCACCCCAUCGCAUUUCAUGUAAUUAUGUUUAUUUGACAUAGCAAGUGUUUCCACAAUUUCAUAGUGCCAUUCAUUGCGCACGUGCUACCGAUUUUCGUUGUAGAGUGUUGAUGCAACAAAAAAACAUAUGAAAAAUCAAACAAAACAUUUUUUUCAAUUAAAUGCCAUCAAAGACACAACCGACCCCUCUCUGGUAUACAUCUCUUUUGUAACCAAUCUUCCCGGAUGAUAAUAUGCUUUUCAACUUAUAAGCUAAUAAUACACGGUCUUUAAAUAAAAAUCCAAAAUAUUUAUUACAAAUUCAUGGACAUAAAUUACAACCCUAA